ACGUAUGUGAGUGUGUGUGCGUAUAGCGUGCGUGCGUAUGUGUGUAAUACGUGUUUGCUUGUGUUGCAUUGUUUCUUGUCUGCUGAAAAUUACCCAUUCAAUGAAUCGUUUGUUAUCAAUUUUACUACGUAGGACAGCAACAGCAAAACUUCACAUCGUUUCUCUUUAGUGACUGCCUGUACAUAAACACACACACGCGCUAUAUAUAUAUAUAUAUAUAGCCAGUCUUACAACAACUAAACCUAACUACAUAACACUUGUUUGAAGGCCGAAGUGGUGAUGAUGAUGGCUUUAAUUAGAAAAUAUGUUUGAAGAAUCCACAGGUUUUCCCCAGUAAAUGUUGCGAAAACAAUAAAAUAAGCGAAAAACGCGCGCACACAAACACACACAUCUGUGUAAUAUUAGUGAUGAUGAUGCUUCGACAGAAUUAGAAAAUUCUUUUGCAAAAAAUAUUAAUGCAGUUUUUCUCUAUCCUUACGAGAAAUUAUUAAAUGUAGUACUGAUGCACAUGUUCCAGUGAAAAACAAAACAAAGGAAACGGAAAAAUACAAUCAACUCACUCCAUCCCCCAUAAAUAACCCACCCUUCCUUGCCAAUAGAAGAGAACCCCUUUUUCAAAAAAGUUAAAAGAUACUAAAACCCCAGCUACCUUCUUUCACAUGUCUUUGUCCUCCCGACUUCAACAAGAAAACAAAUACAGGGAAACUCGGCAAACAAAGUAAUAACGAUGAGACCAGUGCGUCUUUGGAUCACGUUCCUGGCGGUUAUUCUGUACCAUGUAGUUGUACAUUGCAGCAAUGCCAACUUGUCCUGCUAUGCUUGCUCCCACAAAUACAGUCGAACAAGAAACACAAAUUCCUGUGUGACUCAUUUGACAGAUGACUUUAUACAAAAAUGUUCUGAAAAUCAGAAAUAUUGUCAGGUGAAAGCUGUUUUAACCUAUGGUGAUGUGAAAUCCAUACAAAGAGGCUGUGUCACCAGUUGCAAAACUAUUUGCAAGUAUAUCCUGUUUGGAAUUAGCAAGAAGAUUUGCACCAAAUGCUGUGAUAAAUAUUUAUGCAAUGAUGAUAUAGCUUCCCAUGCUGCAGCUAUGGACCCUAAACUCAUAGUUUUCCUCACUUAUAUAACCGCUAUUAUUAUUACUACUGCGGUUAUUCAACGGUGAAAUCGCGGUAAAAAAUGGCAGACUUCCAGAUUAAAUAUCUUACAGAA